AUGUCCACCAAAGCAGGAUUGACGACCUACCCGCGCAUGACUGCGCCCAGCAAGGUGCCCGACCCCCUGGCCCCCAACCGACCGCUCUUCCCUCUCCUCCCGCAUCCCGAGGAAACCGCGCCUCCCGCACCUCCGCGUCCCGACCUCGCCCCUCCGCCAACGGGUUGGACGCGGAGCUACCACGCUGCCCCGGCCGCAUACCCAAAGGAACUGGCCGAGGCGCACGGCACACUCACCCGCGAAAGCUUGCCUUACCAGACAACACCCCCGGUGGAGGGGGAGAGCAAGGAAGAGCGCGCGGCGAGAUGGAAGGCGGACGCGGACAAGUGUUCCCAAAUGCGUUACGAUGUGCACAACUGGACGUACGAUGAAGUAAUGACCGAGCGGCCGAGGGGUCACUGGCUCGCUGCCGAGCGAUGGCGCCGCGACGAGCCCCGCGGAGGCAAGGUGUUGGUCUGCACCCAUGCCAACGGGCUUCAGAAGGAGCACUGGCACGUUGCGCUGCGUUCCCUCCUCUCCCGCGACCCCAAAUCUCCCGGCGUGGGUUUCGGUACAAUGGCGCAGUUGCCGCCGACCCUCGUUGAAUUUGACGAUAUCUGGCUUCUCGACGAUGCGAACCACGCCGCUAGUGUCGAUCUGAAUGCCGGCCGACUGGGUGCCGUCCAAGCGUGGCGGGACGACGCUCGUGACACCCUCAAUUUCGUCUCACAUGUCCUGCCCGCGGUCUACGCUGGCGAAGGUCGACCCGGUUGGCAAUUGGCUUGGACGUCCAAGACCCCAAAGGACAUGCCGAAAGUUGUUGGGAUCGGACACUCUUUCGGCGGCAAUGCUCUCGUCCAAGCCGCCGCAGCUAGGCCGGACCUGUUCGAGGCUCUCUUCCUCGUUGAUCCCAUGGUGCCUCCCCAUUAUGUGCCGUACGAGCGCUGGCUCAAGGACGGAGUGGCCGUGUAUCCUCUGAGUGCUGGUGCGAUCCGUCGUCGCACGCAUUGGCCCUCUCGCGCAGAAGCGGCCAAGGCUAUGCGCGCACAGCCAUUCUUCGCCGCGUGGGAUAAACAAGUGUUCAACCUGUACGUCUCGCACGGUCUCGUGCCGGUCGAUUACGGACAGCCCGAUGGUCCAGUGACAUUGGCCACGCCGAGCUGGAGCGAAGCUGCUGUUUUCACCGAGCCAGAGGGGGUCGCACAUGGUUGGAUGGCGUUGCCGAAACUUACUUGUCCUGUCGGUUUCGUCAUGGCCAAUAUCCCCGUCGCUACCUAUGGCGAGGAGCGGACGCGCGAUAUGGUUUGGCGCGCGCCGAGGGCUCGCAACGAGCGGUUCCUAGACGCUGGGCAUUUGAUCACGCAGGAGAAGCCGCACAAGCUCGCCGAGAGCAUGUGGCGGUUCUUCACAACGAUUGAAGCUGGCGCGUGGGAUAAGGCCGACGACCCGGCCAAGCUGUAG